AUGAUUUCCCCACUCCGUCCUGUUCUCUUCCUUCUUCUCGUGGGCACCACCUCGGCUGGUAUUGUGUUCUCUCGGAAUGCGGAUGGAUCGUUCAGUGCGGUUCCGAACAACGCCGCAGUGUUUGAAGAACAUGCUGAUGGUUCCGACGAACAUACGCAAAGUCUUGUGGACGCAUUGGAAAGCAAUAUUGAGAAGGACUUUGAGACUAGUAAGUGAAGGGCCGCUAUGUACAUUUAAUGCACUGAAACCAGGGCUGGGAAAUUGCCGGUAACGGAUUUUUGAGAGCCUGGCUGAGACUGGACUUUUUGGAUCAAUUGCAAUAUCCCAAUCGGACCCAAACUUUCGAGUCUUAAAAAACCCGGGUUUUUGGCCUUCAUUUACUGUGUCUCGGGACCAGAUGAUGCAAUUAGUCUGAGACUUAGACCCAAGAUACUUCAGAACGAGUUGAAGGUGCCUACAAAGUUCCGGUCCGAUCGGAAUAUUGAAAGUGGUCCGUAGUCUAUGGGGCCGACAUUUGCCCAGUAUUGAUUGAAACCUUUUCAGACAUCUCUACGGUCCCUGAACACAUUGAGCAGAACGAUGACCACGUUGCCCAUUCACCGUUAGACGAUGAAGACAUGGAUCUGGUUCAUGAGUUCAUCAAGGACCGCCAGGUCAACAAGACUGGACAACUCCGCUACUCAGCCCUGGCUACCGUGGAAAAAGCCAUGAUAAGCGACAUCAUCCGUCUCAUCAUGAAAAACGAUGAGUACAUGCUUCUCCUUAACAAGCCCCGAUUCCCAGACCUCGUCUUCAUGAUCAAGGAUAUGAUCCGCGCACCGACCCAAGAAGUGCUCCGGCGUCAAGUAUGGAGCAAGUUGCUGGCAGUUCAGGCUCACUACAAAAAGCUGUACGAGAAGUACAACAACGAAGAGACCAAGUCGGAGGCUAUGGGCUUCCUGGAGCAGUUGCAGAGGAAGAUGGAGGCGGACAAACUGAACGUAAACGACACAAUCAAUCUGAAUCUGAAAAUGAAGACGUUGGCGUAUUUGAUGCAAGAGAAGGUGUUCGGUGAAAAAGUGAGCGAGUUGGAGGAGAUGUUAAAUUGGCCCGAGAGAAGUGAGUUUGAAAUAUAUACUUUUAAUGUUUUUCGAUUAACUGAAAUUUCAGAGUCCUCCAAAAUCCGAAAGAGUGUUGCUUCAACCACAACACCAAAGUCUUCAAGUACAACAUUAGCUCCAAAGAAUUCCACCCAGGAGAUUGAGACGAUUUCCUCGACAAAGAGCCACCUGGAUGCGAGGAACGGAACUGAGGCGGUGAAGAAGUCUGGAUUCCUUUCUGGAAAUCGUGUGGUGGACAGGAUCCAGAAGGCGACAGAAGCUGAGCGUUUAGAGAUCUUGAAACGUGCUGAACAUCCGACAAGCCGAAAUUCAACUGCAAAGCCUGAAGUUUUGAACAAUUCCACUCCCCUUAACUCAACUUCUAUCCCUUUGCAAACCACAGCUAAUGCAUUGAAAACAGUUGACGAGCCUGUGAAAAACGGCGCAAAUGUUGCUGAGAAGCGAGAUUUUGUUGCCUCGGAAGAGGAUUAUUAA